AUGGCUCUCAACGCCGCAUCGCACAACAUCCCGGGCGAGAAGACUGGCCCUGUGAGUGGUCAGCCGCCAGCAUUGUCCGCUGAGGCCACCGAGGCUCUCAUCUCAUCCGCCGAGAAGGAUCUCCAAGGCCAAAAUGCCCCCGGUCAGGACGGUGGUGACGCCGAGGCACCCAAGAAGCAGAAGACCGAGAAAGAGCUUGCGAAGGAAAGAGCCAAGGCCGAGAAGGCACGCAAGUUCGCCGAGAAGCAGGCAAAGCAGACUGCUGCUGCUCCUGCCGCAAAGGCAAAGGAGAAGAAGCCUAAGGUCAAGGAAGAGGCUCUGCCCAAGUACGUCGAGGAGACGCCCAAAGGAGAGAAGAAGAGUAAGGGGAUACCUGAAGCCUACAUUCCCUCUGUUGUCGAAUCAGCAUGGUACGACUGGUGGGAGAAAGAAGGCUUCCACGAGCCCGAAUUUGGUGCUGAUGGAAACGUCAAGCCCCGCGGUUAUUUCGUCAUCUCUGAGCCUCCACCGAACGUUACUGGUGCUCUGCACUGUGGUCACGCUCUUGCCACAUCUCUCCAGGAUACCCUGAUUCGCUGGAACAGAAUGAGAGGUUACACCACACUUUACUUGCCUGGAUGCGACCACGCUGGUAUCUCGACUCAAAGCGUUGUCGAGAAGAUGCUCUGGCGACGCGAGAAAAAGACUCGACACGAAUUGGGCAGAGAAAAGUUUGUUGACACUGUCUGGGAAUGGAAGGAAGAGUACCACAAGAAAAUCAACAUUGUCCUCAAGAGAAUGGGUGGUUCGUUCGACUGGACCCGUGAAGCCUUCACCAUGGACGCCAACCUGUCGGCUGCUGUCACCGAAACCUUCGUCAGAAUGCACGAAGAGGGCUACAUCUAUAGAAGCGGCAAGCUAAUCAAUUGGUGUACUCAACUGAAUACUGCACUCUCAAACCUCGAGGUCGACAACAAGGAGCUCACAGGACGCACAUUGCUGGACGUUCCUGGAUACGAACGCAAGGUUGAGUUUGGUGUCAUCACUCAUUUCAAGUACGCUAUCGAGGGCACCGACGAGAUGAUCGAGGUUGCUACCACUCGUCCCGAGACAAUGCUUGGUGACACUGGUAUUGCUGUUCAUCCUUCAGACGAACGCUACAAGCACUUGGUCGGCAAGAAGGCAAAGCAUCCCUUCGUUGAUCGUCUCCUUCCUAUUUUCACCGAUGAAUACGUCGACCCCGAGUUCGGUACCGGUGCCGUCAAGAUCACUCCUGCUCACGACCCUAACGAUUUCAACCUUGGCACCAAGCACAAGCUUGAGUUCAUCACUGUCUUGAACGACGAUGGUACCAUGAACAGCAACGCUGGACAAUUCGAAGGACAGAAGCGCUUUGAUACCCGUUACACUGUUGUCGAGGAGCUCACUAAGCUUGGUCUGUUCGUCAAGAAGGAGGAUAACCCCAUGAAGGUUCCUCUGUGCUCCAAGUCAAAGGAUGUCAUCGAGCCCUUGAUGAAGCCUCAAUGGUGGAUGAAGAUGCGUGAGCUUGCUGAUGCUAGUAUCGAUGUUGUCAAGAAUGGUGAAAUCAAGAUCCGUCCCGAAGGUGCCGAGCGCAACUACUAUCACUGGAUGCGCAACAUCAACGACUGGUGCUUGUCACGUCAGCUUUGGUGGGGUCACCAAAUUCCUGCCUACUUCGUCAAGCUUGAAGGUCAGGAAAACGAUGAAACCACGGACGACUUCUGGGUUGUUGGUAGAACCGAGGAGGAGGCUAAACAAAAGGCCGAGAAAAGAUUCCCUGGCCAGAAGUAUGAACUUGUACGCGACCCCGAUUGUCUCGACACUUGGUUCUCAUCUGGUCUCUGGCCUUUCUCAACCCUGGGCUGGCCCAACAAGACCCCUGACUUCGAGAAGCUCUACCCCACAUCUGUUCUGGAGACUGGAUGGGACAUUCUGUUCUUCUGGGUUGCAAGAAUGAUCAUGUUCGGUCUCAAGCUUACCGGCAAGGUCCCCUUCACUGAGGUCUACUGCCACUCUCUUAUCCGUGACUCGGAAGGCAGGAAGAUGUCCAAGUCCCUUGGAAAUGUUAUCGAUCCCGUCGACAUUAUGGAGGGUAUCACUCUCCAGGAGCUCCACGACAAGCUUCUUCAAGGUAACCUCGACCCCAAGGAGGUCAAGAAUGCCACCAAAUACCAGAAGGACUCGUUCCCUCAAGGUAUCCCCGAGUGCGGUGCCGAUGCUCUCCGUUUCUCUCUUAUCCAGUACACCACUGGCGGUGGUGACAUUGCCUUCGAUGUCAAGGUUAUGGCAGGUUACCGUCGCUUCUGUAACAAGAUCUACCAGGCUACCAAGUACGUUCUCGGUAACCUGCCCGAGGGCUUUGUUCCCCAAGCAAAGGAUGGCAAGACCGGCAAGGAGUCACUGCCCGAGCGCUGGAUCCUGCACAAGUUCACCACUGCUGCCAAGGAGAUCAAUGAGGCUCUUAAUGCUCGUGAGUUCUCGCGUUCGACCUCGCUCGCCUACCAGUACUGGUACGAGAACUUGUGCGAUGUCUACAUCGAGAACAGCAAGGCCAUCAUCCGCGACGGUACCGAGGAGGAGAAGCGCAGUGCCGUUGACACUCUCUACACUGUCCUCGAGGGUGCCCUGUGCAUGAUCCAUCCAUUCAUGCCCUUCCUGACCGAAGAGCUGUGGCAGCGUCUGCCCCGCCGUCCCGAAGACAAGACCAAGAGUAUCGUCGUCGCCGCAUACCCCGAGUACGACGCUUCGCUCGAGGACUUUGAGAGCGAAGCCGCCUACGAAGUCAUCCUCGGCUGCUCCAAGGGAGUCAGAUCCUUGAUGUCCGAGUACCUGAUCAAGGAAGACGCAAAGGCCAUUGUCCAAUGCUACGACGACAAGACUUAUAAGACCGCCGCCGACGAGCAAGCCUCCAUCAAGUCUCUGUCCGGCAAGGCCCUCACCAACCUCAGCAUCAUCGGCCCCAAGGACGCCACACCCACCGGCUGCGCCGUCUUCGCCGUGUCCUCGUCCGCUGCCGUCUUCCUUGAAGUCGCCGGCCGUGUCGACAUUGAUGCCGAGAUCACCCGUGCCCAGCAGAAGCUCCGCAAGGCUGCCGAUGGCGCCACCAAGCAGCGCAAGAUUCUCGAUGCUGAGGGCUUCGCUGACAAGGUUUCGCACUCCGUUCUCGAGGCCGAGAAGACAAAGUUGCAGGAUUUGAUGGCUGAGCAGAAGAACUAUGAGGAGAGUAUUGCUCAGUUUGAGAAGCUCAAGCUUGGUAACUAG